UCGCGAGCACGAGUGGAUGGUCUCGCAGUCGCGAAUCCUGUGCCGGAGUAUUAUUUGAAGUUGGGUUCUGAAUUCUCACGGCGUGAUUCAUUUCCUUGUUUUUGAUGCAGAGUUUUUCGGGGGGGGGGGGGGUGAGGUAGAGAAUGUGACGAUUAGCUGGCGCGAGUUUGAAGUAUAGAAUUGAGCAUGGGGUGGACAUGGACCUCUCGGUUUACCGCCGUUUUGAUCGUGGUGGCGGCGGUGGUGGUCAAUAUUGAUGCGGAAGCUGCUCCUUAUGUUCGGCCACCAGCUCGGAAGGCGCUCUCCUUCUGGGGUGGCGUGAAGAGAAAAUCCACAGUUCAACAGGUGCAUGUGUCAUUAGCAGGACCCAAGCACAUGAGAGUCUCAUGGAUGAGUACUGUGUAUCAAAACAAGCCACCAGUCGUUCAGUAUGGAUUAAAUUCAAGGAAUUAUACUUUCACGGCUAUUGGGAAGUCGUUUGGCAGCUACUCGUUUCUACUCUACGAAUCUGGUAUUAUGAAUCAUGUUGUCAUUGGUCCUCUGGAAGACAGCACCUCUUACUACUACAAAUGUGGAGUUGGUCUUGAAGAAUACAAAUUUAAGACCCCUCCAGGUGUCGGCCCGUCUGUUCCUGUCAAAUUUGCAGUUGUUGGGGAUUUGGGUCAGACUGGAUGGACAGAAUCUACUCUAGCGCACAUCGGUGUUUCCAACUAUGAUGUUCUGCUUUUUGCUGGAGACUUAGCAUAUGCGGACUAUUACCAGCCUUAUUGGGACUCAUUUGGCGAGCUUGUUGAACCGUACGCCAAUGCUAGACCUUGGAUGGUAACAAGUGGAAACCACGACAUUGAGUAUAUUCCACUUUUCGUUGAAUCAUACCGCUCUUACAAUUUGAGGUGGCAAAUGCCUUACAUGGAAAGCGGCUCCGAUUCCAACUUGUAUUAUUCCUUUGAAGUUGCGGGGGCGCAUGUUCUUAUGCUUGCUGCAUACGCGGAUUACAGUAAAGGCUCUGUCCAAUACAAGUGGUUGCAGUCAGACCUGGAUAAAGUGGACAGGAGCAGGACACCAUGGCUUAUUGCGGUACUACAUACUCCAUGGUAUAACACAAACCAUGCUCAUCAGGGCGAUGGAGAUGGCAUGAAGAAGGCAAUGGAAUUAAUGCUCUAUGAGGCCCGUGUAGACAUCCUUGUUACUGGGCAUGUGCAUGCAUAUGAGCGCACGACACGAGUCUAUGCAAACAAAGUCGAUCCCUGUGGUAUUAUGCACAUCACCGUGGGCGAUGGAGGCAACCGGGAAGGUCUUGCUAGAAGGUUUCGUGAUAAUCCACCAGAGUGGUCCGCAUUCCGAGAGGCAAGUUUUGGUCAUGCGGAGCUUGAAAUUGUGAAUGCAACUCAUGCCCACUGGACUUGGCGCCGGAAUGACGAUGACGACUCUGUUAUGGCUGACGAAUUGUGGAUAACGACCCUGAGUGCCGGGCUUUCAAACUGUGUUCCAGUGAAACCAAGUGUAGAAAGAUCUUUUAAAUCCGAAUCUUUUCGUGUAGGGAAGGGCAUAUACUAGAUCAGUCGAUAGCUUAGUUUUGUAUCAAUGUACCAUCAACCUGUUCACAUCCGAUUAAAAAUCAUGACCUUUGCUUGUGUUUUAAACUC